AUGGAAGGUGGUCGACGCGUUGACUCAGCCAAGACUCGCGCCUGCCUAAACACCAAAUCGUCACGCCCACACGUGAUCCCCGAGCCCACCCCGCCGAGGUACAACCUUAAAGUGGAUCUUAACUUGGGGGAUUGGAAUAGCGGGGAAGAUAGGACUUUUACACGUCUCUGCGAAAUCUGGAUGGAAUCGGGUUUCUGGCCGGGCUACCUUAGUGGUGCCCUUGGGAUUAUCAUCGGAAACCCGUUAGAUGUGAUUAAGGUUCGGCUACAGGCAGGCGAUGCGGCUCAUGUCCCCUCAUCCCACCUAUCCGGAAUCGAGAGAGCGAGCUCACUUGUUCGAGGCGCAGCAGCCCCGAUCUUAGGAUAUGGAGCCCUCAAUGCAGUUCUCUUCAUGGCAUACAAUCGAUUGCUCAUGACUAUGGAUCAGUCCGUUGUGGACCCCACUAAUCCAGCGGGGGUAUCUUUGUAUAAGAUCUGGAUUGCUGGUGCCGCAGGCGGACUGGCCAGUUGGACGAUCUCUGCUCCAACUGAAUUUAUCAAAUGUCGAGCACAGAUGGAUUCCCGCCCCGAGGUCUCCUCGUGGUCGGUUGCCAAGGAUAUAUAUAGGCACCGCGGAUGGAGCGGACUCUACUACGGAGGAGGCAUCACAGGUGCUAGAGAUGCAAUUGGCUAUGGGUUUUAUUUCUGGUCUUAUGAGCUCUGUAAACGACUUAUGACAUCUGAAGAUGAAACCUCCAACCAGGCAGCUAUGAAGGUUCUCCUAUGUGGUGGUAUCGCUGGCAUCGUGACCUGGGGCUCAGUCUUCCCUCUGGACAUGGUCAAAACACGACUCCAAGCGCAGACAAUGCAUGACAUGCAUACCCUUCCAGAGUCCGCAGAACGCCAACCGAUUUUACGCCCGCGCCAGACACUGACUACAUUCCAAAUUGCUAAAGCAACUUAUCAAGUUGAGGGCUUGAGGCCCUUUUACAGAGGACUGGGAGUCUGCAGUAUACGAGCCUUCAUUGUGAAUGCCGUCCAGUGGGCGGCAUAUGAGUGGUUGAUGAAAAGCUUUAAUCAACCAUUGAGCCUCGAGCCGACGACCCAACAUAUCUAA